UAAAUGGUUUUGGCGCCAUUUUAGUAAAUCGCAAUUUGAUAUUGUUUGGCAACAUGGAUUUUAAUUUAAAGAAACGCGCACGACAAGAUGUAAAAGUUGAAGUGAUUAGCCUGGAAGCUAAAUAUCCACACAAUGUGAUGCUCUACCAUUAUCCGCCAACAGAGGAUAUUCACAUUGAUGAAUUCGAGGACCUCGCCUUGGAGCGACUACGCCUGCUGCGAGUUUUCGAUCGCGCCACGACAAAGGGAUUGCGUAUAUUUUCGGACGACUGGAAGGAAUACGUGAAUGCCGAAAUGACCAGAGACGGACUCCGCGGAUACCUGCGCAUGGGCAUGCCCAGCAGUGGUACAAAACACGAAGCUGAUGUACAAAUGCGUCGGCGUGACUAUUUGUCGCACUUCAUACUACGCUUAGCCUAUUGCCGCUCGGAAGAUCUGCAACGCUGGUUCGUCGCACGCGAAAUGGAGUUCUUCAAAUACAAAUUCGCCGCACUUAGCACAGCUGAAAUCAAGAUGUUUCUGGAUGCCAACAAUUUUCAAAUUCACCCAUUGACAGAGGAGCAGAAGGACGAGGUCAAGGACGGCCUCUAUGAGAGCACAGUGGGUCAGAGUGUGUCAAAAAUCGAACUAUUGGAGUUCUACAAAGUGCCCUUCACACAAGUCUUGGAUUUGGUGCGUACUAGGCGUUGUUAUAUCAAAGCGGGAUUUGCCUAUGUUAACACACAUGAUAUGGUGUCUAUUGUCGGCGCCAAGCAACUGGAGGAAAUAGAGCUUGGCAUGCAGGCAGCUAAGGCUUUUAUUGCUGAUGUCGAAGCAGACGAGCGCAUUGCUCGCAUGAUUAAAUCACUGCAUAACUCGUAUACGGGCAAGGACUACACAGUGUGCAGAGAUGAGUCUGUGCCUAUUGAGUCUCUGGACCAGUUAUCCAAGACAUCCAUGCCGUUGUGUAUGCGUAUGUGCCACGAGCACAUACGCAGUCAGCACCACAUUAAGCACGGCGGACGCAUGCAGUACGGCCUCUUCUUGAAGGGCAUUGGUGUGACGCUUGAGGAUUCGUUACGAUUUUGGCGGGAAGAGUUCACCAAGAAAAUGGACGUGGACAAGUUUACGCGUAGCUACGAGUACAACAUUUAUCACAACUAUGGCAAGAAGGGAUCAAUGGUCAAUUACACGCCUUACUCCUGCCUGAAGAUCAUCAAGGAGAUGGCCGCUCCGGGUGAUUGCCACGGUUGUCCAUACAAAACAAUGGAUCCAACCUCGCUGAAAGCCAAGCUCUCUGCGUAUGGCCUCUCAGCGGGUGGGAUUGAUGAGGUGAUGCAUUUCGUGUCCCGCAAUCAUUAUCAAUUCGCUUGCGGAAAAUACUUCAUGCUUACACACAAUUCCACAGUGGAGCCCACAAUUAAUCAUCCAAACAAAUAUUUCGAGGAGAGCCAAAUCUUGAUGGGCAAUCGACAGAAACGUGCACCGGGACCUGCUCCAGCAAACAAUAAACUUAGAACCGCAAUCAAGGGAGGAGCCAACAGAUCCAUGUUGACUGGCGACGAUGACGACGAACUGUGGAGGAUAGCUGAAACCCAAGAGAAAGUCUACCAGAGCCAGAAAGGCAUUGCAGAGGCCUUCGAUGAUGAUCUAGAUCUUACAGAAAUAAUAGAAUAAAUACUAAAUAAAGCUAUUUAUAA